AUGUCUGACAACGAGAACGGCGGAGCCAAGGCCGGCAAGGGCUGGACGGACCGCGAGCGUCUCGUGUAUCUCGUCGCUCUCAUGGAGAAGUCUGCCGUCGGCAAGUUGGACUUCAAGUCUACUCCUCGUCCUCAGGGCCGCUCCGAGAUCGCCUGUCAACGCAUGAUCGACCGUCUCAAGGUCACUCUCAAGGAUGAUUUAGAGAAGCUCAAGGCGGGUCAAGAGAUUGACGCCGGCGACGCUGCUCCCAAGACGCCGAAGACUCCCAGCAAGCGUAAGACCAAGGCUGCUGCCGACGAAGGCGGUUCCCCGAAGAAGCGCGGCCGGAAGAACAAGGUUGCUGAAGCAGAAGAUGGCCAGGGUGCUGACGGCGGGAACGCAGGUGAUGGGAUCAAGCAGGAGCUUGAGGAUGGUCAGGACUAUGUCUGA